AUGUCUAAAAAGCGAGUCAAGCUUUCGGAGCAAGAAGAUGUCGUAACUCAGCAACAACGAGAAGAAAAUGUUGAGGAUUUAGAAGAUGAAAAUAAUCAUGAGGAACUGGAUCAAGAAAACUAUGAGGAUCAUAUGGAAGAAUCCAUUCCCGAGGAUCAUGAUACGUUUGUUCCCAUUCAUUUAAAUCCGAUAGAAUUAUUACAAGAAAUGAAUGACGAUGAUGGUGAGGACAACAAUGAACAGCAGGAGCAGCAAACAAUAAUUGCGGACCAAGAUGAGGAACUACACUCUGCAGGAACUGAAAAUUCAAAAAAGAGAAAACGAAAGAAAAAGAAGCCAUCUCAGAAAUCUAAUCAAUCAAAUCAACAAGCAAAUAUCAAUGAGGAACAUGAUGAACAACAUUAUCAAAAAGCAUUUUAUAUUGUGGAUGAACAAACAGUAAAGAAAAUUGGUUGGCAACCUCCCGAGAAGGAAUGGCUUAAAUCAUUUUUCAGUCAUGAUUUAAAGAAGACCUCUGACAAUGCUCAAGUUACUCCUCAAGAAUCAUCUGAUCCCAUGCAACACGAUGAAGAAGAAAACUUGGACGAUGAAUUGGACAAUGAAGCACAACGUUAUUUAUUGAAUGUUCGAUAUGAAGCACAAAAUUAUUGUGCCAAGACAGUAGUAGCAACCAAUAUUGAUUCUAAACAAUUUGAGAAAAAUCGGACAAGUAUUAGAGAUUUGGAUUCAUCACUGUAUGGAGCUCUCCAUUUAUUUGAUGCGUUUAUGGGAACCAGUGACACCAAUCAAUCUCCAAUUCUUAUUACAAAACAAUGGGAACAUCAAUUCUUAACAAAUUUUACCAAGACGAGAGAACAUGUUCAGCUUGAACUCGACAAGAAAUUAAGAUCAAAGGGCUCAUCAUCCAGUACCUCUCAAAAGUCUAAUGAAUUCUCCAAAUGUCCUCGGCUCAAUGGAAAUUAUGAUGAGUGGAAAACGUAUUGUCUCGGGGAGGAGAAUGUUUAUGUUUUAUGGGAGCGAAUGAUCAACAAACAGGCACAACAUAACAAUCCAGAAACCAUCAAAAAGAAGAAGAAAAAUCGUAGAGGAAGAAAACGAGGAGGUACUCAAGCAAAUAAGGUAACCACUGAAGCAACAGUCACUACCAUCACAAGUGAGACCAUGUCUGAUUCGGGUGAGGGUGAGGAGGUGGAUGAAAAACACGACCAAGAACAAGCAGCAGUUGACCUUUCAACGAGUGACAUGACUACAGAACAACAACUGGAGAGCACUCGAGCAAUGCCAACAACAACAACAACAGCGGAGAAACAUACUCAACAGGGAGAUUCAGCAACACCACCACAAUGUUCACAGUCUUCUAACCAGGGUCACAGGCCCACUCAAAAUUUGCUUCUCAGCUAUUUGGACUAUGUCACUACACAUGCUCUAUUCAACAAGAUGAUUCAUUGGACAGUGAGUAAUUUUCAUAAUAAUUCCUUAUUGCGACGAGUUCCAACUAAGGCUAGUUCCCUUUUCACACCAUCCGAUGAACAUGAGGAUGAAACCCAUGAAGAUCAUGAAGAAACUCCUACACACGAAACGGGUGUUGCUUCCGAACAACAAAAGCAACAAUGGAUUACAGAUUAUUUACUUGUGCAAAGUAAGGAAUCCAAUAAUGUGUUACGAUGCGACUGGUUGUAUCACUUGUUACUUGCCAUUGAUAAACCUCCAAAUGACACGAUUGGAGCGAACAUGAAUCAAUUACUGGUUUGGAUUCUCGAAAAUUUCUCUCAUUUUACGCCACAAGAGAAAGAAGAAUUCACAAAAAUUGUUCUCAUUGUGAUCAAAUAUUUUGGACAAGGAAAUCCAAACAUUAUUACGUAUAGUGACGAUAACGUCAAUGGUUCAAAGAAAUCUCUCACUGUCUAG